AAGACAGACAAUCAAUAGAAAAAGACAGAUAAAAUCGACUUGUAUCACAGCUGAGCUGGGUCCUGUUAUGUUAGCUUCAUAACAACCAACUCCGUUCUAUUCAGUCAGGUCGGUGGCUUCAAGCUGUGUGCAACAGCUCAAGUAUUUAUCGUCGAUGAUAAACAAAGAAAUUUUCAUUAUCACUGAUAAUUAUUGCCCAUCACUACACAGUUACUAAAGCUUGGUCUAAAGAUGUUGGAGUUGAACCGGAUACAGGCUAAAUCCUGGAAAUUUAUAAUUCUGAAUACUUUCUUUCUUCUUGUUCUACAUUUACAAACAAUUAAUGCAGAGCAAUGUCUAAAGACUGAAGACAUUGUUAGGAGUAUAAGAGGACGAUGGACGUACAAAUGUGUGAACCAGAAGUGUCACAAGACACUGUACAAGGGGGAGCAAGGCUCGCAGCAGAUCUCGCUGAAUGUGUGCAAACUGAAGUGCGGAGACCCCCCCGGAGCACUCUGGCCCCUCCCCAACGGACAUGUCUCCAUCCACGACAGAAUCAUCCCCAUUAAUCCCAACAACAUCAACAUAGAGAGCGUUUCAGCUAACAAUAAAGAUAUCGACUGGAAAGUGGGUAAACUAUUCCUGGAGCUGCGCAAAUCGUUCUUGACACGAAUUGUAUCCGAAGCGACAACCAGGGACGCCAGGGCUGAAGGGAAUGGCUUGAUCAUCAGACUGCAGGUUCAUGACACCAUCUCUGGGAGACCCACUCUUGACAUGGACGAAAGCUAUCAUCUUCACGUCGACACUGUUGACAAUAAGAUCGUAGCCAACAUAGAAGCGCAGUCGUACUUUGGCAGCCGACACGGUCUGGAAACGCUGAGUCAGCUUGUUGCCUACGAUGAUGUCAGCAACUCGCUGGUUAUGCCCGCCAAACUGGAGAUCCGCGACCGGCCUGUCUACAAGUAUCGCGGUCUCGUGUUGGACACGGCACGUAACUUCAUCCCCAUCGAAGACAUUCGACGAACCAUCGACGCCAUGGCUACUGUCAAACUCAACAUUUUCCACUGGCACAUCACAGACUCGCACAGUUUCCCCAUGGAGUCCAAGACCUUCCCCAACCUCACCAUCUAUGGAGCAUAUGGACCUGAUAAGAUUUACACACAAAAAGAGAUCCGCGACCUGGUGGAGUUUGCAGCAUGGAAAGGCGUGAAAAUCAUUCCAGAAUUUGACGCCCCCGCACACACGGGCGAGGGCUGGCAGUGGGCUCCCCCCGGCACCCUCAUCUGUUUAAACGACCAACCUUGGUAUGAUCACUGCGUCGAGCCGCCCUGUGGCCAACUGAACCCAGUCAACGAAAAUGUUUACAAGAUUUUAAGUGGCAUCCAGACCGACAUGCAUGAAAUGUUUGAUUUGUCCGAUGUGUUCCAUAUGGGUGGAGAUGAAGUGCAGUUCAAGUGCUGGAAUAGCUCUAAGGAGGUUGUCGAGUUUAUCGAAUCAAAAGGCUGGAACCAAUCAGACAGCAAGAGUAUGUUCCGCAUCUGGGACAUAUUCCAGAGCCGGGCCUACUCUUCCCUGCAGCAGGUCACCAACAAAUCUCCGCAGGCCAUCCUGUGGACGAGCACUCUGACCGAGCGCGAGGAUGUCACCGAAUUCCUGGACACCAACAAGUACAUUGUACAGAUCUGGACAACCGGCACCGAUGCCCAGAUCAAGGAUCUGGCCAAGAAGGGAUACCGCAUGAUUUUCUCCAACUAUGAUGCGCUCUAUUUGGAUUGUGGAUUUGGAGGCUGGGUAUCAGGCGGCAACAACUGGUGCAGCCCAUACAAACCAUGGCAGACGAUCUACUCGAACGACAUGGUGCAGCUGGUGAAACAGGUGACCGGAAGUGAGUACAAAACGGAAAUGACGCAACUGAUAUAUGGCGCAGCCGCAGCGCUGUGGACUGAGCAGGUCGACGAGCAGAGUCUGGACGGUAGAGUGUGGCCCAGGUUGGCUGCCCUGGCAGAGCGGCUGUGGACCAAUCCGAGCACUCCGUGGCAGGACGCCGAGUUUAGGAUGUUGGCCCAGAGAGAGCGCCUCGUCCGCAUGAAUAUUGAGGCCGAGGCCCUGGAACCCGAGUGGUGUCGACAGCACGAGGGCGAUUGUCCCGACCUGAGGAGUUUGAACAGGAAUUAAACGGUGGAAGUGGUGAUAUGGAAUAGAAAAGUUCAAUAUAUCAAGUGACUUUAAAUACGAUUUAAAUGUUAUGGAAUUGGAAGGUUCAAGAUACUAGAGUGAAAUGAGUCUAAAUGAGGUUUAUGAUAUGAGAAACAUCUUGGAAUAGAAUCAAUAAAGAAAGAUCCAAGAUACUAAGAAAAGUAUGAGUUCGUUCUUAUGUAGAAUAUAAUAAAAAUUAAUGUCAAAAGUGUUGAUAUGGAAUAGAAAGGGUCAAGAAGCUGAGGGAAUAAUUGGUUCAAUUGAGAUUUAUCAUAUGAUAAAAGUCUUGUAAUAGAAUUAAUAAAGGAAGAUUCCUAUACUAUAAAUUCGGAUAAGAUUUAAAUGAGAACAGUUUUUAUAUAGGAUAUGAAGAUUAAAAUAUGUGAAAUUGAAUGUCAAGAGUGUUGAUAAGGCUCAAGGAAGACUAUGGAAGAAAUUGGUUUGAAUAAGAUUUAUAAUUCCUGAAAUAGAAUGAGAUACUAAGAAGGAUAUGAUUUUGUAUAGGAUUUAUAUAUGACAAACAUUCAUAGAUUGAUUUAGUGAUCAUAGAAAAAAUUCAAGAUUCUAAGAGAAAAAUGAGUAUGAGAGUAUAUAUAUAAUGGUGAUUAUCUUAUUAAUAUGUGGGUUUUCAGUCAUACUUUUGUAAUAUUAAUAUGAGGAAUUUGGAUGAGAUUUUAAUAUGGAUUCUAUAAAAAACAAAAAUCCAAGAUUAUAGAGAAAGGAUGAGAAGUUUCAAUAAGUUUCUAAUGACAAAGUUUUAGAAUUGUAUUAAAACAAAAAUAGAAGUUUAAGAUAUUGAGGAGAAGGAAAGAUCUUAAUAAUGAGCCAAUAUGGUGGAUCCAAUCAAGAUGAGAAAAAGAUGAAGACUACAACGAGUUUGUAGAGGAGGACACAGAAUCUCAACUUUCAUAAGUUGUUAAUGAUGUUGGAUAGAAUUGGAUACUAAAUACCUACUUCAUGUAGGCUACUAGAACAAAAUUGUUUGUAGAAUAUCUGGAUCUUGAGAAUU